UACUUGUAGCGUCGUUACUCUUAUUGUAGUGAGGCUACCUAUUUUAGAAUGGAACGCGCUAGAAAUUCUCAAUGAAGUUCAGCGGCAACAACGUAAACACAAGGCCGGCAUUUUUACUACGAUAGUACAAUACAAUCGAGUUUCGCGCCAGAAGCUGACCGGCUUGCCAUACUUCGCGUAUUCCUGACAAUCUUCGCUCAUUUUUGGUACUUUGCGUGUCACAAAAAGAAGAAACCGACUGCAGUCUUCAAGGGGAUCAGCAGAAUUUUCCAACAGCAAACACAUCGCAAAUGCCGGUAAGGCGAACAACCAGGCUGAAAUAGCAUAAUUUUGUGGCCAAAACACGUGGGUGUGUGAUCGACUAGCCGGUGAGGACACAGCCGCUGCAAUCAGCAUGGACCGGCUCAUCACAGUGAGCAAACGAUCCUCACUGAUGGCACUCGUUCAUAUAUUUUUGAUCAGUUUUGCAACGUUAAGCAGAGGGGCUGAUGUAGCAUCCCAGUGUGUUGCAGGCACCUACAUGAAGUCGUCUUACCCCGAGGAGGGCCACCGUUGCGUUUCAGACUGUGGCCCCGGGUUGUACGGUGACGACUCGAGUAAAUCUUGCCAGCCGUGCGCAGCCUUCUGCUACACCUGCGAAGUGGCCCCUGACAACUGCACGAGUUGCUCCAAUCCGCGUUUUCUCCGUGGGAACAGAUGUGUAAUGGAUUGUGGGAAUAUGUUCUCUCGGGGACCUGCGCGGACCAGGCUUAGGCUACGGGGAGGCAGCGACGCGUUUGAAGGCAGGGUGGAGAUCCUACACGAGGGGGUGUGGGGAUCGAUAUGCGAUGACAGUUGGGACAUACACGAUGCACAGGUUGUGUGCAGUGAACUUCAGCUUGGUAACGCGGUUGAGGCGCUCAGCGUUGCCAACCGGUCUUUCGACGGGGCAUCAUCGCGCAUGCCCAUUCACCUUGAUGACCUGGAGUGCCUCGGGACGGAGUCCAAGUUAGAGUUUUGUCCUAAUCUUCAGUGGGGGAGACACAACUGCGCCCAUUACGAAGAUGCAGCUGUUCGAUGCUCCGGACCAGACGUCUCUCGUCUCUGCGUAGCUUCUUGCGGAGAUGGUUACUACCGAGUACCCGGCACCAAUCGGUGUGAGCUCUGCUCCCCUGAUUGCCUGACGUGUACCGACCACGCGGAGCACUGCCUGUCCUGUGAGGCCCCACGAUUCCUGACGGAGGGCCGUUGCGUCCUCAACUGUGGCACUGGGAGGCACGGGAACACCCUGAGCCGCACCUGCGAGUCCUGCCACGACAACUGCAAUAACUGCUUCGACGGGCCCAUCAACUCCGUCUGCUCCAGUUGCAAAGAUCACCUCUACCUGGAUGGUGGAAUUUGUGUCGAGUCUUGCGAUCCUAAACUAUCGAAGAACUUGGCUAUUAGGUUGGUUGGAGGAGUGACGGCCUAUGAAGGACGUGUGGAGGUGUACAUUGAUGGGGAGUGGGGCACGGUGUGUGAUGAUGAAUGGGACAUCAAUGAUGCCCUAGUGGUUUGCAGGGAGCUGGGAUAUGGCUCUGCCACAGCCGCUGUGUCUGCACCUGGCUAUGGACGGGGCACAGGUCCUGUUGUACUGAACCACGUCCGCUGCGAUGGCAGUGAAGCUGAACUGGUCCAUUGCCCGCAAAGCCAAUGGCGGGACAACCAGUGCAGACACACGGAAGACGCUGGUGUACGCUGUGAAGGAGCGUCAGGCACCGCCACUAAUUGGGGCAGCCUGGUAUCCACCCUCACCCAUCCCGGAGCCACCGGCCGUUGUGUGGACUCCUGUGGCUUAGGCUACUACUUGCCCGCCAGCAGCAACUAUGACUGUGCCACGUGCUCCUCAGAGUGCCUCAGCUGCGCGAUUGCCGCUGACCAGUGCACCAGCUGCAAACCCUCCAAGUUCCUCAAGGGAUCGGCCUGUGUCGACUCCUGUGGGCCCGGUGACUACGGCAACACUGCCACCAACCGCUGUGAACUGUGCGAUGUGUCUGCGUGCAGGACGUGCCAGGACGGCACAAGGAACAACAUCUGUGAAACUUGCCACAGUGGAAAAGUGCUCAAGGGCACAUCCUGUGUGCAAAGCUGUGGACCGGACAUGUACAGCCAGGCAGGUGUCUGCCAGACAGAAUGUGAUCACGGUUACUAUGGCAACCCAGCCUCCUACAUUUGCCAGACCUGCUCGAUGCAGUGCUUGACCUGUGGCUUCAAUGAGGAAUUCAGUAUAGUAUGCACGACCUGCAGAGCUCCCAAGAUUCUGAACAAUGGUGAGUGUGUGGACACCUGCCCCAGCUCCACAUUGCUUGCACCAGCAGACCCAAGCAAAGUGCCCAACGCCGACCAGAUACGAUUGGUCGGUGGUAGGGACCAAUUAGAAGGCAGGUUGGAGGUGUUUCAUGAUGGUCAGUGGGGGACAGUCUGUAAUGACCUGUGGUCACUGAGUGCUUCUAAUCUUGUUUGCAGACAACUGAAUCUGGGUCGGGCGGAGUCGGUCCUGAUUGUGCGCUCAAGGUCACUGAUUCCACCCGGACAGGGCAUCAUUUGGCUGGACAACGUCUACUGCCGCGGGCUGGAGUCCAACCUGGACGAGUGUCGGCACAACCCAUGGGGCCAGAACAACUGUAACCAUGGAAAAGAUGUGGCCCUGAGGUGCACAGGUCCAGGCAUUCGUGAGUGUGUCACCACCUGCCCACGGGGCUAUUUCCCAAACCCUCUGACUGGCCAGUGCGUCCCGUGUUCACAGGGCUGCCUGCGCUGUGAGAACCAGCCCACCUACCACUGCCUGGAGUGUCAGCCCGGUAGCCUGCUGCAGGAUGACCAGUGUGUGGACGAAUGCAGCGCCGGCUUUCACCCGGACGGUUCCAGCACCUCCUGCAGCCCUUGUAAUGACCUGUGCGCUACCUGCGCAACACGGGACGAUUAUUGCACCAGCUGCAAGGGGGAGCUCAUCCUGGAAGGUCACACCUGUGUUCCACAGUGCAACGGCUACAUACUGGUCCCGACCGACAAGAUUCGGCUGGUAGGGGGCUCCUCGCCUCUUGAGGGGCGUGUGGAGGUGCUGUAUCAGGGACAGUAUGGGACCAUCUGCGAUGACCAGUGGGGCUUACAGGACGCCACUGUGGUGUGUGCACAGCUGGGGCUAGGCAGAGCAAUCAGGGCUACAGAGGAAGCUAGCCAUGGACAGGGAACAGGAGAGAUCGUCCUGGAUAAUGUUGAAUGCAAGGGGGAUGAGGAAUCGCUUCUCAGCUGCGACCAUGCUGGGUUGGGGGUGCACAAUUGUCAGCAUGACGAGGAUGCAGGAGUUGUGUGCUCCGGACCCAUGACGUCCAAUAUCUGCAUCCAGAAGUCGGACUGUUCCGACGGCUACUUUGUGUUUGCCGACGGCCUAAGGUGCGGCAGAUGCUCCUUCAGCUGCGCCACCUGCGCAGACUCGGCCGAUAACUGCCUCAGCUGCCCCAGCGACCGGUAUCUGAGUCGGGACAACCAAUGUGUUGAGACCUGCCCCCAGGGUUUCUAUGGAGACAGCAACAAGACCUGUCAACCUUGCAGUGGGAAUUGUCUGGAUUGUAGCGGCAGUGCUGACCAGUGUACCAGCUGUGCCUCCGCCCUCUAUCUUCAGUCGGGGGCCUGCGUGGAAGCCUGCGACAGCAACAUGUUCACCAAGAAGGGCCCAUCAGAUAUCAGGCUGGUCGGUGGCAACAACCACUUUGCUGGCAGAGUGGAGGUGAUGUUUAAUGGUGCAUGGGGCACCGUCUGUGACGAUGACUUUGAUACCAACGAUGCCAAUGUCAUCUGCCGGCAGCUGCAGAUGGGUUAUGCCAUCCAGGCCUACUCCGGUGCCCAUUUUGGGGAGGGCAGUGGGCAGGUGGUCCUGGACGAGCUGAGAUGCAAUGGAGAUGAAGAGUCGUUGGGGGCCUGCGCUGGGAACCGGUUAGGUUCGGACACAGUUGACUGCCAGCACUAUGAGGAUGCAGGCGUGCAGUGCUCCGGUCCAGGAUCUGCUCUGCAUUGUAUUGAGGACUGCGGGCAUGGGUACUACGCCACGGAGGACAGGGUCUGCGAACUCUGCAGCAGCCUCUGCCACACCUGCGAGGGCAACGCCUCCAACUGUGUGUCCUGUCGGGAGCCCAUGUUCCUCAUGGAUAACGUCUGCGUCAAGGCCUGCCCGGCCGGCCAGUACGGCAACUCGGCCAGCCGUCAGUGUCAGGCCUGCACCGACGAGUGCCAGGAGUGUUUUGACGGCGAGGCCGGCGACGUCUGCAAGUACUGCAAGCCGGGCUACUUCCUGGACGGCUCUUCUUGUGUCGGUGAGUGUCGCCAGGCGGCCAUCCUGGAGAGCAUCUUGCCGCGGGAGGCCAGCAGCCCCGCCGUGCGUCUGGCAGGAGGCACCGAGACGGAGGGUAGGGUGGAGAUAUUCUACCAGGGCAAAUGGGGGACUGUCUGCGCCGAUGAGUGGGACCUCGUUGACGGAGAGGUGGUCUGUCAACAGUUGGGGUUAGGACACGUAGUGGAUGUGAUGGACAGUCGCUUCUAUGGGGGUGUGUCCCUGGGCACCCCCAUCUGGAUGGACUCUGUGGACUGCAAGGGCUGGGAGUUUGCCUUGAGCCAGUGCAGCCAGGAAGGCUGGGGCGUGGGUCGUUGUGAGAGUGGAAUAGCCAUGCCCAAUGGGGAUGCAGCUGUCCGAUGCGAUGGAUCUACCAGCCCCCGACGGCCUAAGAAUGUCUGCCGUGUUAUAAAGAACUCCCCUUGCAUGCCGGAUUCGUGUGGUGCUGAUGUGACCUGUGUUGACCUGGAUGGUGGGAGGUCGGUGUGUAUGGAGUGUCCAGAGGGACAAAUUGGCACCGGCACAGAAUGCACAAUGGUGGCCAGCGUCCCACCGGAAUUUAAGAGGACCCCUGAGGACCGCAACUCCUCGAUCGGCACGCCGUCAAGUCUGAGCUGUCGGGCUAAGGACGGCAGCGCCCCCACCGUCACCGCCCAGAACUGGUUGAAGGACGGCGAGCCCCUCCCCCAAGCCGAGCUGGACAGUGGCCGGAUCGUGGGCCUCAACUUUGGCUCCCUGUACUUCACCACCACCCACAGGGAGGACACUGGAAACUACACAUGCGUCAUCAGGAACUCGCAGGGAUCAAGCUCUGCAUCUGCGUUGCUUACUAUCGAAGAACCUCCCCAGAUCAUGCAGAAGAUGGAUGAUACGGUUGCCAUUGGCGACAGCGCCGUGUUGGCUUGCAAUGUGGUGGGGCUGCCUGCCUCCACGCUCCACUGGAGCUACCAGGGGAAAGCGAUCAGCGGUGACCGCUUCACAAGUUUCGACGGGAACGGCUCGCUGGUGAUCGCCAACGUCACCAGUCAGGACGAGGGCGAUUACCAGUGCCUGGCAGAGAACAAGAUGGGCACCACUCACACCACCGUCGGGCUGACUGUACACGAGCCGCCGGAGUUCAUAGUGAAACCCACCGACGUGUACGAAGUCAACCAGGGCGAGUCGUUCAGCAUGCAGUGCCAAGCCCAAGGAAAGCCUGUGCCCAGGAUACUGUGGAAAAAAGACGGAAACGAGCUGCCCCACGUAGCAAAUAGGUUUACAAUAAUGCCUACCGGCGACCUGAAACUCACCAACGUGGAUACCAGCGACAUGGGAGUGUAUUACUGCAUUGCCACCAAUCCAGUCCUGGCUCUCUCCCUUUCCACACAGGUGCUUGUCAGGGGUCCCCCAGUGUUCAAAAUCACUCCCUCCAACCUCACCCUGUCAACCGGCGAAACCGUCGUCCUCCAGUGCGAGGUUAUGGGGGCGCAGAACCCUGUGGUGACCUGGCAGAAGGACGGCCAGGGGAUCAAGUCCGGCGACCAUUACAAAGUCCGUGAGGAGGGACUCCAGAUCAAGUCGGUAACCGAGGCCGACAGCGGCAAGUAUUCAUGCAUCGGAAGCAAUGCUGAGGGAAGCGUGGAAAGUACGGCAUAUGUCAGUGUUAAUGCACCCGUUUACGGCAAGCAGCAGACAGUGGGCAUAAUGUGGGUCUUCAUCGUCGUCAUCGUCAUACUCGUCCUCGUGAUCGUGGUCAUUGUGGGCGUUGUCUUGAGGCGUCGCUACCAGCAGCAGGCGCUCUUCAACCACUCCCGGCUCAACCGGAGCCCCAAGAAGUCUGGAGGGGCCCUGGGUGUUAAGUUUACCGAGCGCAGCAACGGCAGCUACGUGGAGAUAGAGAAGCAGAAGGCCAAGGAGGAGCGGGAGAUGCAGACGCGAGGGAUUAUAGAGGACGUGGACAUCGUAUAGGUCCAGGUAGAAAGCCACGCUUCGAUUAUUACCACUGAUAAUUGCACAAGCAGUAUGUGGAUGUCUCGAAAUAUCCCGAUAUUGAAAAACCAGACAUUGCAAAUCGUAUCUCGCUAUCCUCAUGAAGUGACAAAGACUUCUUAUUGCUCGCUGAAACUCCAUCAUGUGCAAAUCAUGUGGAAAAUCUCUUGACUUUUUUCCCCUGAUCACGUUUUGUGUUCUUCUCUUUGCACCGUUACUGUAAAAUUUUAUAAACAAAAAAUGCUGUAAUUAAUUUUCUCUGUCGGUACACCCAUACUUGUUUCCUGGACACAGGAACAAACAUGCAUUGAUAUCAAGAUACCACGGGGAGCAGAAAUAUUGUGGGGACAAAUGUUGUCCCCUGCCCGCAGCACGGUUCUCUCUCUCCUAACGAAAGAAAUUGUCCCCUUGGAGUGGGGAAGGCCUGCCCACUGUAACCCAGUUUAGUACUCAUUGGUGAAAGUAUCCAUCAGAAAUUUUAACCCGCGAAAGUUGCUACCUUUCCAGUGCUCAUUGUUUGAAGAAUUUUAUGUACAGAGCACCAUGCAUUGUAGGUUUUGUUUUAUUUUGUUUUGUUUUUAAUGGAAGUUUUGAUCACUUGGUGAAACUCACUAUUCCAAAAGACUUAUUGUCAACCUAAAAGGUAAUUCUCACAGAAAGUCGAGAGUUCUUGUUAUCGGCCUUUUUAUGUGAUGGCAAUCACAUAUUUCAGUGCACUGCUUUGAUAUUAUAUCACAUAUUUCAGUGCACUGAUUUGAUAUUAUAUCACAUAUUUCAGAGCACUGAUUUGAUAUUAUAUCACAUAUUUCAGAGCACUGAUUUGA